AUGAUAUAUUUCUUAGCCAGAGCGUUUAAAUGCACGAGUCCUGUUGAUCUUUACACUUUUAUGAUCCUCUCGAUUAUAUCCAACUCUUACCAGAUAUUCAGGGAUACAUUAUUCUAUCUAUAUCCAGAUUAUUUCAUUACACCAAUUCAUGCUGUGGAUAGUACUCAUUAAAAGGAAUGGUAAAACCUCGCAAUCAUUGAUAUUUUUUUGUGCGUCAUAAUAAUGCUAACUUUCUAUUUCUUGACUAAGCCUGUUUCUCAUUAGUUAUACUUAAGAGCUUUAAGUAAGCUAGGAGAUAAGCAAGCACUUUGGAAAAUCUACAAGUUCUUCACCCUUUUGAUCUCACUUGUUAUAGUUGAUUUGGUAUUGAAUCUGUUCUAUUUUGCUACAACUGUUUAUUUUACUUAUUUUAGAGCAGACCUCUCUCCUUUUGUCUGGAUAGAUGUUUUAUUCUUUUUUAUGAUAGUAUUCACCUCAUUUUAUGCUAAUUUUUGCAUAUUCAAUAAGUAUCAAAAAGGUUUUAAGAUCUUUAGCAUAAUCAGAGUCUUUGUUGAGAUAAUCAAGAUACUUAAAGCUUUGCUGAUUUUGAAUUCAAUCAAUGCAAAUUAUAUUUACUCAAAGGAGAUGCAGGAUGAUCUCGGCAACAUUAAAUUUUUCAUACUUGUCUAAGAGAUAAUAAGUCUGGCACUGUUCAUUCCUAUUUUAUCACUUGGUCGCUUUAUAUUCUUUGGAUUCACUUAAAAAAAGCUUAAUGUGAUCUUUGAUAAAUGUAUAGAAAUAUUCAGUUUUUCAUAGAUACAUGAGCUUAAUGAACUUAAGAGAUCUCUGCUCACUGAAUAAGAAAAGCAUUAAUAGUAACAGGCUGAUUUCGAAUAAAAUAUAGAAUUUUAGUAAAGUUUAAUUAUUGAGAUAUUCCCAGAGAAAAAAAUCUAUGAUGAUAUGUGCAUAAAUCUCAAAAGAAAAACUCUUAUUCUACCUUAAACUUUUAAAUAAAUUGAAAAUCCAGUACUUAGAGAAUAAGAAUGGAGCUUUGUCCAUAAUAUUUUUAGAAUUCUUUUCAAUAGAUUGAAAGUUGAAAUCGAAACUAGCAGAGAAAAAAGAAGAGCAAUAAUAAGAGAGGAUAAUAAAAGCAGCAAUAACAGCUAUAUUCAAGAAUGUGAGAAAUUUAUUGUAUAAUUUUCUGAGGAUUUCGAUAAUCUUAUUGGGGAAUUAUCAGAGGAAACUUUCCCUAUUUAGUAAAUUGAAAAAUACGAGAGGGGUGUUUUGGAUUAAUCUAUAGAUGAUAAAGUGAAUCUUCAUCCAUAUGAUUAUAUCAAAUCUUUAGUAAUGUUGGUUUACAAGACAAAUGUUGGUUACCUUCCGAACCUUCUUAAAGUAAUAAAUUUGACCCAGGGAAUGGAUUCUUUGCUCAAACUAAAUAUUGAUAUUGGAGAAAUUCAAGGUGAGAUCAAGGAGUUGAUAGAUAAAGAAAGGUCAUAUUUAGUUGAAUUUGCAAAACUAGAAUUCAAUAUGGCUGAUCUUAAGAAUCAGUAUCUGGAAUUUUGUAGAAUAGAGGACAAACUCUACUUUGAUAGAAAAGUUGAAUACUCUGAAGUUAAGAACUCAAGGGAGCUUCAAGAACUAUUAUUUAAUGAAAACUAAUUUUGA